GUUCGACCGUAUGGGCUCCGGGGGGCCCCUCUUCAUCGACAUCACCUGGCACCCUGCAGGAGACCCCGGCUCGGACAAAGAGACGUCCUCCAUGAUGAUCGCCAGCACGGCGGUGAACUACUGCGGCCUGGAGAGCGUCCUGCACCUGACCUGCUGCAACCAGACCAAGGACCGCAUCACGGCUUACCUGGCCAAGGCCAAACACCUGGGCCUGAAGAACAUCAUGGCUCUGAGAGGAGACCCGGUGGGAUCAGACUGGGAGGAAGAGGAGGAAGGCUUCAACUACGCCGUGGACCUGGUCAAACACAUCCGAUCGGAGUUUAAUGACUACUUUGACGUGUGCGUUGCUGGUUACCCCACCGGUCACCCAGAGGCGGCGAGCUAUGAGGACGACCUCAGGCACCUGAAGGAGAAGGUGGACGCCGGAGCAGACUUCAUCAUCACUCAGCUGUUCUUCAGAGCCGACAACUUCCUGAAGUUUCUGGAAGACUGCAGAACGAUCGGUGUCACGUGUCCCGUCCUACCUGGAAUCUUCCCCAUACAGGGUUAUCAGUCGCUACGUCAGCUUGUCAAGCUGUCAAAGCUCGAGGUACCAGAGGAGAUCACCAGAGUCAUCGAACCAAUCAAAGACAACGAUGCUGCCAUCAGGAACUACGGGAUCCAUCAGGCCGUGGAGAUGUGUCGGGUCCUGUUGGACAGUGGGAAAGUACCGGGCCUGCAUUUCUACACGUUGAACCGCGAAGUUGCAACCAUAGAGGUCCUCCGACAGCUGGGGCUCUGGAUAGAAGAUCCCAGACGGCCUCUUCCCUGGGCGGUGAGCGCACAUCCCAAACGGAAAGUGGAAGACGUUCGACCGAUCUUCUGGGCCUCCAGACCCAAGAGCUACAUCUACCGGACCCAGGACUGGGAUGAGUUCCCCAAUGGCAGAUGGGGAAACUCGUCCUCUCCAGCGUUUGGAGAGCUGAACGAUUACUACCUGUUCUACUUGAAAAGCAAAUCGUCUAAAGAGGCGCUGCUGAAGAUGUGGGGCGAGGAACUGAAGAACGAAGGAAGUGUUUUUGACGUUUUCACGUGCUACAUCACGGCCCAGCCGAACCGAAAUGGACACAAGGUGAUGUGUUUGCCCUGGAACGAUGAGCCUCUGGCUCCGGAGACCAACCUCCUGAAGGACGAGCUGGAGAAGGUGAACAGACGAGGUGUCCUCACCAUCAACUCUCAGCCCAACAUCAACGGUAAACCGUCCACAGACCCCGUGGUGGGCUGGGGGCCUGCGGGGGGCUACGUCUUCCAGAAGGCCUAUCUGGAGUUCUUCACCUCCAGUGAAAACGUGACCGCCCUCCUAAAAGUCGUGAAGAAAUACGAGCCACGUGUGAACUACCACAUUGUCAACGUGCACGGUCAGAACCUGACCAACGCCCCCGACAUGCAGCCCAAUGCCGUGACAUGGGGCAUCUUCCCCGGCAGGGAGAUCGUCCAGCCCACGGUGGUGGACCCGGUCAGCUUCAUGUACUGGAAGGACGAAGCCUUCGGCUUGUGGAUCGAGCAGUGGGCCAAGCUCUACGAGGACGAGUCGCCGUCACGGAUGAUCAUCAAGUACAUCCACGAUAACUACUUCCUGGUCAACCUGGUGGACAACGACUUCCCUCUGGAGAGCUGCCUGUGGCGCAUCAUCGACGACAUGUUCGAGCUGCUGGACACGCCACCGCAGACGCUUGGCGGCGAAACACAAAGCAGCGUAACACAAAGCAGUGAAACACUUCCUGAAUAAAAUCUGACAUAUAAAAACAAAAAAAAACGUGAUUUUUAGGAAAGAAAUAACUUUAAUGGAAUCCMUUUUUAUAGAGAAGUGCCUUAAAGACCUAUUUAACAGUAUUUUUUUAGGUGUUUGUCGACGUCGACUGAAUCGGUUUGUAAAAAUAAGCUGAAUCGUUUCUUCUGAUUAAAAAAAACAGAUGAAACUUUU